AUGCCCGAGAUCAGCACGCUUCUCUUCGACUGCGACAACACGCUCGUCCUCUCGGAGGAGCUCGCCUUCGAGGCCUGUGCCGAUGUGAUCAACGGCGCCUGCGCCGAACGCGGCGUGGCCAAGAGGUUCACGGGCGACUCGCUCAUCGUCGAGUUCGUGGGUCAGAACUUCCGCGGCAUGCUCUUGACGUUGCAGAAGGAGUACGACAUGGACAUCACGCCCGCCGCCAUGGAAAAGUACGUGCUCAUGGAGGAGGAGGCCGUCAUCGCCAAGCUCAAGAAAGACCUGCGCCCCUGCCCCGGCGUGGACGAGCAGCUCGAGAGGCUCGCCGCCUCGGGCAAGUACCUGCUCUCGGUGGUGUCGUCGUCGGCGCUGCGCCGCGUGCGAGCCUCGAUCGAAAAGGUCGGCCAGGACAAGUACUUUGUCGGCGACGUCGUCUUCUCGGCCGCCACGAGCCUCGAGAAGCCGACGAGCAAGCCCGACCCGGCCAUCUACCUCCACGCGCUCAAGCGGCUGGGCAAGAAGGCGAGCGAGACAGUGGCCAUCGAGGACAGCAAGAGCGGCACCCUGAGCGGCACACGCGCCGGAAUCAAGGUCAUCGGCUACGUCGGCCCCUACGCGCCGGCCAAGCAGCCCGAGAUGGAGCAGAUCCUCAAAGAUGCCGGCGCCGUCGUCGUCAUGCGCGACUGGUCCGAGUUUCCGGCCUGCCUGAAGAAGAUUGAGGACGGCCAGUUGUAG